AUGUCAUUGAAUAAUGAACACACUCAACCAUCGGUGAGCGAGCGGAGAGGUCAGCGACUGCCACCUUUGCAGACAAAUUUCAGUCGUCCAACCUCUCGACCGAUUGUUGUUACUUCACCUCACCCGCAACGAUUACGCCCUGAGGAAUGUCAUAAUGAUGGAGACAGCAAUGAACAGGUUCCUUUGCAACCUCCACCAGUUAAGCGUGAGUCGGCAAAGUCGGGCCUUCGCAGUCUUUUUGGCCGCGAAAAAAAUUCGCGCAAACCGGCCAGUGACACCGAGUUGUCUGGCGUUGAUGAAACCCAAAUGUCUGCGGCACACGAUGCGCCGGGACACGUCGCACCAUUUUCGCCAACUUCUGUAUCAACGCCCACUAUGGUGACUUCGUCCUCAACAGACCCUCAUCGCACCAAACUUACAUCUAAGCCUCGUGGGAGACCUGGGGAGGACAAGCCAUGGACGGCUGAUACUGGAUGGAAACCACCUCCCCUUUUCCAGGCCUAUCCACAGGCACUUAAAAAUGAUACCCUCCCAUCUCCAGGCCUAUCGGUAGAUUCUAUCCUUCGAUUGCACGCCACAUCAGCGACAAAGUCCAGUUCUCGUGACGAGGGUUCAUCUAAUUCAUUACACAAUGGAACUUCAGCGGCUAAUCCUGGAGCUCGCAAAAAGAAAGACGACAAAGAGAAAAAGAAGCACCUACGUACUCUUUCAGAAACCAUCGACAAGGCCGAAUGGUCUCAAAAGGUCUACAUAUUGGCUACAAAUGGAUAUAUUCUGCAGUACUCUGGAAGCGGUAAACAUGAUCGACUACCAGAAAAGAUGUUGCGGUUGGGGCCUAAGUCUGUAGCUUUCGCCAGUGAUGCAAUUCCGGGGAAACACUGGGUUUUACAGGUAUCUCAGUCUUCUGGGGAAGACAAUUCGACCGUCACGGAUACACACCGGCGUCUAUUUUCUCGUUUGGGAUUCCACAAAUCUCACGUUAGACGACUAACACGGAGUUUCUUACUUGUGUUUCAUAGCCCCGAGGACCUGAGCUCAUGGCUGUUAGCUGUCCGCGCCCAGAUAGAGGCGAGGGGCGGUAAGAAGUACGUGUCUGAAAGAGCAUUCGAUGGCGAGAUGGGGCAUCAGUCACAUUCCAAACCCAGUGCCCGUCAAUUAGUCAAAAAAGAUCCCAAUCGUUUCUCUCAGACAUUCCUCCAACCACAGCAAUCGACGAUAUCUGAUGAACAGGAGUCGAUUUAUACGGAUCAGUCUCGGCGGAGCUCCCAUGUUUCUCUCCAGCGCCGGUCGAUGGUUUUGCACUCUGUUCCUGAUUCUCGCCCUGAGUCGAUCUCUACAACCCAAACGGAAGCAACCUCACCUUUAAAUGGGCAAGGGCGCUUUUAUUCUGCAAUUUCCGUGACAAAUGUCCCCACUACGCCUCUCAAGACAGAAAGUGCCAUAUCAACAGUCCUGUCUGCCUUGGACGAGCAGAAAAGCCCUACAAUUGCCAGCCCCAGGGAAAGGCAAUCUAUGAACCACCAUCACACUGCAAUGAUGACAGUAGAUUCUGAAUUGCCUCAGUCACAGUUCAUGGUUCCCGAGCCUAUGCUUCGAAGUUCUUCGCCACCUGCUCCGAACUUUAGUGUCCCGUCCUUCAGCCAGAGAUUUUCGGGUAGGAAUAGCCAAUCUCGGUCUUCUAAUCAACCCGGACUAUCAUCUGUUCUUGGGAGCGAGAUGAGCACCGACCAGGCUGAAACAGUGUCUACAUUCUCCUCCCCUCCCCAAUCCCCGGGCAAACCGCCAACCAAUUUUGAACAAGGCUACUUUCCUGAGCAACAUUAUAGUAACCAUGAGACUCCACGAAAGCCAUUGCGCGUGUCCAUCUCCCAGGACUCGCUCGCAGAUACUCAGUGGAACCAGGAAUAUAGAUCAUAUCGCUAUUCACGGGCUCCAAUGAAUAACAUGGGCCUACCGCCUACCACAUCGCGCUCAUCGCAGUCUCUUAACACGAUUAAGAGCAAAGUCACUGAACCAUCUGUAAAAUUAUGUCCAUUACCCUUGCCUUCAGAGAUGGCAAAUCAGUCCUCUUACAGUGAUGGACUGCUGAAUCGGACUUCUAUAAUCCACCGCACGAACUUAACUGGUCGUCCUCCUAGUCAGCCCAUGCUACGACGCAAAAGCAUGCCAGGACUUACCGUCGGUCCACCUUCUGUGCCUCCUCCAAAUUGUCCAUUGCCGAAGAUUCCUUCACCUGUGGAUCCCACUCCUAUGUGGUCCGAGCAACCUACUUCAGACCAACGAUCAGGCACAACCCAUUCUAGCAAGACAAUUAGGGCAAGUCAGAAAUACGUGACUAGUUCAGUGGCACAUCCUACGAAUAGCUGUAUUACCUCCGGAGGGCAGAGCUCUGGAUACCGGCACUCACGAGUCGUCAACUAA